UUCUCCCCUCUAAUGGGAACACUGGCCUGGGAUUAAAGUGCAGACUGCCAAGCCAAGUAUUCAGGUCUGAGCCAUCCCAAGAAGUGGGCAGCCUCAACCCGGGAACCUUCCACACCCUCUUCAAGCGACUUAGAGCAGCACCAACAGUCACCAUGAAAGUUCUAGUCUCUUCCCUCCUUCUGUUGCUGCCCCUAAUGCUGAUGUCUGUGGUCUCUAGCAGCCCAAAUCCAGGGGUCGCCAAAGGCCACAGGGACCGACACCAGGCUUCUGGGAGAUGGCUCCAGGCAGGUGGCCAAGAAUGUGAGUGCAAAGAUUGGCUCCUGAGAGCCCCUAAAAGAAAACUCAUGACGGUGCCUGGGCUGCCACAGAAGCAGUGUCCCUGUGAUCAUUUCAAGGGCAAUGUGAAGAAAACCAGGCACCGAAGGCACCACAGGAAGCCAAACAAGCGCUCCAGAGCCUGCCAGCAAUUUCUCAAACGAUGUCAGCUAGCAAGCCUUGCUCUGCCUUUGUAGGAGCUCUGAGAGCCCACUCUCCCAACGAAACAUUCUCAGUCAAGAGGCAGUGAGCGCACCUAGAGGAUGCUCUUCUCCCACCUCAAGCUCGCCCUCCCUGUCUCCACUCUAGUGGCCUCAAAAAGCAUUUUCUCAAGGUUAUUGCUGCCUCUAGUGCCUCCUUCUCUCCUCAGUCUUUCCUGUGCCCUCCCCUUACCAAGGCUUAAGCUUAACUACCUGAAAGAAACCAGGAAACCCUAGUUUCCUAACUAGUCCCAACUGACCUAAAAUACAACCAGGCAAGUAGCAAACAGAAGUCAAUAAAAAUUUUCAAAUG